AUGAUCUGCCGAACGUGUCUUCGACGGGCCGCAGGCUUCAGCAGCUCUCGACCAGCAAUCCGGCUGCUCACACGCUCCUCCAUCUCGUCCUCAGCCUCGACCGCAACCUCGGGCCUGGCCCCGUCAGUGCGCGGCGCGUUCUUCACAACUACCAUCCGUGUGCGCAAUGCCGCGUCCGCAACCUCCAGCAGCAGCAACAGCACAGCAACCGAGCUAACGCCAGUGAUACCCACGAGCGAAGAGGCAGCGGCAGCGGCGGCGACAGCAGCGGCCGAGAAGCCCGCGCUAUCGUCAUGCAAGGCCGGGACCAAGCUGGCUGGGCUCAACUACCUCAAGGGGCGCAACGACCCGGAGGCGCUUGAGGACCAUGAGUACCCGGCCUGGCUGUGGAACUGCCUCGAGGUGCAGAAGAAGGCGGCGACGGACGAGGACGCGGAUGCGCUCGACGAGUUCUCCAAAUCCCGCAAGGUGCGUCGUUUAGCAGCCAAGCGGCAGCGGACCCUCGAGGCCAAGAUCCUGGCGUCGGGCGACAUGGAGGCGCUGGCGCCCAAGAUUCCACUGGUGAAGCAGACGAUCAACCUGUUGGUUGGAGAGGGGCAAGGGCUGCCGGAUGCCCUGCAGGCGGCCGAGAAGCGCGAGGAGCUGCGCGUGGCCAUGAGGAAGGACCGCAAGUCCAAGAUCAAGGAGUCCAACUACCUGAAGACCAUGUAA